UGCGCUUGUUAUGGACAUGCAUCAAGAUGCUCUAAUGACUUGCAAUCAAUUUGUGAAUGCGUCCAUAACACACAAGGGGAUAGAUGCAACGAGUGUCUGCCUUUAUAUAACAACAAGCCGUGGAGAAGAGGCAUAUCGACUCAAGCAAAUCCUUGCAUAAUAUGCAACUGUAACAAUCAUGCCGAUUCCUGUGUUUAUAAUGCAACGCUUGAUCCGUUCCCUGAUAGCUUUGACUCAGGAGGUGGAGGUGUCUGUACCAACUGUCAAGAUAAUACAGAGGGCAGAUAUUGUGAGUCUUGCUCUGACGGUUACUAUAGACCGGCAGGAGUCUCACCGUCCAAUAGCAGUCCUUGUACACCUUGUAACUGUGACUCCACUGGUUCCACUGGACCUGUCUGUAUAAAGGCUGAGGGGAUACCUGGUGAAGUGGUUGGGCAGUGUCCUUGCAGAGAUAACGUGAGAGGGAGGGCUUGUGAUGAGUGUGCCGAUGGCUUCUUUAAUUUAACUGCUGGCUGCCAGUCAUGCCAUUGCAAUACUGAUGGAACAAUUGGUGGUUCUGUUUCGUGCAAUGAGAACACUGGGAAGUGCUCAUGUAAGCUGAACGUUGAGGGACUCAGGUGUGAUCAGUGC